AAAUUCAAAAGCCGAAUUGGCUUUCAAAUCAAAUUUCCCCAUUUUCAAAAUCGAAUCCAUUUCCCUCUCCUUCUCCAUCUUUCUCGGCGACCCUAAAACCCUACCUCCCUGAAUCGCCUCCGCCCGCCGCCAGGUCCUGCCAAAUGGCCUCCGUCCAGCCGCCGGCGGCCUCCCGGGAGCUCUCCAACCCGCCCUCCGACGGCGUAUCCAACCUCCGGUUCUCCAACCACAGCGACCACCUCCUCGUUUCCUCCUGGGACAAGACGGUGAGAUUGUACGAUGCAAGUGCUAACGUCCUCCGAGGCGAGUUCAUGCACGGUGGUGCAGUGCUCGACUGCUGCUUCCACGAUGACUCCUCUGGUUUCAGUGCCAGUGCUGAUAAUACUGUCCGCCGGCUUGUGUUCAACCAUGGCAAAGAGGAUAUUUUGGGAAAGCAUGAAGCUCCCGUUCGAUGUGUUGAGUACUCUUAUUCUGCAGGGCAAGUUAUCACUGGCAGCUGGGAUAAAAAAUUAAAAUGUUGGGAUCCUAGAGGUGCUAGUGGGCAGGAGCGGACUCUUGUUGGGACAUACCCACAACCUGAACGUAUCUACUCGCUGUCUCUUGUUGGAAAUCGUCUGGUGGUGGCAACUGCAGGAAGACAUGUAAAUAUCUAUGAUCUUCGAAAUAUGUCUCAACCAGAGCAGCGUAGGGAAUCUUCUCUGAAAUAUCAAACCAGAUGCGUCCGUUGUUAUCCAAAUGGGACAGGAUAUGCCCUUAGCUCUGUUGAAGGAAGGGUUGCCAUGGAGUUCUUUGAUCUCUCUGAAGCUAGUCAAGCUAAAAAAUAUGCAUUCAAGUGUCAUCGAAAAUCAGAGGCAGGAAGGGACAUCGUGUACCCAGUUAAUGCCAUUGCUUUCCACCCAAUCUAUGGCACGUUUGCUACUGGUGGUUGCGACGGUUUUGUCAAUGUCUGGGAUGGGAACAACAAGAAGCGGCUCUACCAGUACUCUAAAUACCCAACAAGCAUAGCCGCCCUCUCUUUCAGCAGAGAUGGCCGCCUUUUAGCUGUGGCCUCAAGUUACACAUACGAGGAAGGAGAUAAACCGCAUGAACCUGAUGCAAUAUUCGUUCGAAGCAUAAACGAAAUAGAAGUCAAGCCAAAGCCAAAAGUUUAUCCUAAUCCCCCAGCAUAGAUUUGAAUGAUAUAUGAGGUUUCCUACUGUGUCAUUCUGGUGUGGAGAUGUAUUACCGUAUAAGACCCUUCUAGAGGCUUCAUCUUCCCAAUGUAGCGUGAUACACUUGAUUCAAGUUUUAUUCGUAUAGUAGUGUGAUUCUGCUCUCACUUCCCCUGUUUCCUUUCUUGAGAUCAAUGGAAAUAGCGAGGACUAGUCUCAAUUACUUC